AUGCCAUCGAAAUUAGAACAUACCAUUUCAAAUUCAGCUUUGGCAAUAAGCCAAAAACUAGAUUCUCUCCCUAAGAUUUACAAUGUUUACUUCAUUGCCAGUAUUUCAACUGUCGCAGGUCUAAUGUUUGGUUUUGACAUUUCUUCAAUGUCUGCAUUUAUUGGCACAAAUCCAUAUAGACACUUUUUCAACUAUCCAAGUUCCACUAUUCAAGGCUUCAUCACCGCUUCCAUGGCUUUAGGUUCAUUUUUUGGUUCUAUUUUCUCAGCUUCUGUCUCUGAACCAUUCGGAAGAAGAUUAUCGCUCUUAAUAUGUUCAUUCUUCUGGGUUAUUGGUGCUGCUAUUCAAUCUUCGUCACAAAAUCGAGCUCAGUUAAUCAUUGGUAGGAUUAUUGCUGGUUGGGGUGUUGGAUUUGGCUCAUCAGUAGCACCCAUUUACGGUGCUGAAAUUUCACCAAGAAAUAGAAGAGGUAGUAUCAAUGGGUUUUUUCAAUUGAGCUUAACCAUCGGUAUCAUGAUUAUGUUUUACAUUUCCUUUGGAUUAGGCAAAAUACAUGGCAUUGCUAGUUUUAGAAUUGCUUGGGGAUUACAGAUUGUUCCAGGAUUAAUUUUGGCAUUUGGUUGUUUAUUUAUCCCGGAAUCUCCUCGGUGGUUGGCUAAACAAGGAAAAUGGGAACAAGCUGAAUAUAUUGUGGCCCAAAUUCAAGCAAAGGGAAACACCGAGGAUCCUGAAGUAUUGAUUGAAAUUGCUGAAAUUAAAGAGCAGUUAGUGGUUGAGGAGUCUGCCAAGUCAGUCAGUUAUGCUACUUUAUUUAAGAAAAAGUAUUAUUUAAGAACUAUCACUGCUUUGUUUUCCCAAAUUUGGCAACAAUUGACAGGUAUGAAUGUGUUGAUGUACUACAUUGUUUACAUUUUUGAAAUGGCGGGUUAUUCAGGAAAUACUAAUUUAAUUGCCUCCUCAAUCCAGUAUGUGUUGAAUGUUGUUUGCUCAAUCCCAGCUUUGAUAUUGUUUGACAAAUGGGGUAGGCGUCCAGUUUUAAUUGCUGGUGGAAUUUUAAUGACUACCUUCCAAUUUGGAUUGGCUGGAAUAUUAGGGGCAUAUUCAAAACCUUGGACUGAUUCUGGAAAUGAUACAGUUACCAUCAGAAUCCCUGAUACUCAAAAAGCGGCCUCAAGAGGGGCAAUUGCAUGCUCAUAUUUGUUUGUAUGUUCUUAUGCCAUGACUUGGGGUGUGGGAAUUUGGAUUUAUUGUUCUGAACUUUGGGGGGAUAAUAGAAUAUCACAAAGAGGUAAUUCCUUAUCUACAGCAGCCAAUUGGAUUAUCAAUUUUGCCAUUGGAAUGUAUACACCAUCAGGGUUCAAAAACAUUAGUUGGAGAACUUAUAUUAUAUAUGGGGUAUUUUGUGUUGCAAUGUCGCUCCAUGUUUACUUUGGCUUCCCAGAAACUAGGAACAAGAGAUUGGAGGAGAUUGGUCAAAUUUGGGCAGAGAAGGUUCCUGCUUGGAAAUCAGCAUCUUGGCAGCCUACAAUUCCAAUUGCUUCCCACUCAGAAAUGGGAAGAAAAUUGAGUGUUGAGUAUAAGGAAAAUGUUGAGGAACAGUCUGAGAAAGUGGAAACUCACUCUGCUUGA